AGUCUUACUCUGAGGUAAAUGCACUCGCUGUCAACACGGAGAGCCUCCGACAACUUGCUACACACUUUCUCUCCCUAUUCGUCACCUUCUGUCUCGGCUCAGCUCCACAAGUGACUGUUUGAGAAUGAUGCGGCCGAAAGAUUUACGCCAGGGUUCUGGCACCAAGACCUUCCUGGAUGCCAUGCAUGGCGGUAAAGUUCACCUUGCGCGCUUCAUCCUGGACGCAUUGGACGGACGCAUCAUCAACUCUAAGACGGAAAACAGCCGCACCCCGCUUAUGUUCGCCGUCUGCCUACAAGACCCCGGGACCCGAGCCAAGUUCACCCGGCUGCUGCUGGAGAAAGGGGCCGAUGUCAACUGCCAGGAUGAGGACGGUCGCACUGCCCUGAGCCAUGCCUGCGAGAUGGGUCACCUGGACGCGGUCAAGCUUCUAGUGCAGUUCAACGCGGACCCGGAAGUCUUUGACUCCUGGGGUAACAGCUCUCUGAUGUACGCUGCCUUUUCUGGGCACAGCACGGUUCUGGAGUUCCUGGUCCGGGCUUUCAAAAGACUGGGACUGAGGCUGGACAGAACCAAUAACGCUGGCCACUCAGCCAUCGAGGUGGCCAAUUUCUUCGGACACAACCAGUGUGUGCAGAUUCUGAACUUUCCGUGCAGGAGGGCUGUUGGCACAGAUGAUCCACUUGCUGAUUCGGGUACCGUCGGUGAAGGAGAGGGCCGGCUGCCCAAAAGGCUCCCCAGGCAUGUUCUGGAGAGGUUCUCCAAGCAGCUGAAUAGUAAUGAAGACUCACUGCCUGGGGUAUUUCAGAGACAGCUGAAGAUCGGAGACAGCAGCGGGCUGUGGAACCGCUUCAGAUGUCCCAGGAGCCAGUCUCAAGACGACAACCAUCCCCACAGCUGGGCUCUGCCUCCUCAGAUAGAGAAAAGCAAGACGGAGGGGGACCACAGCGUUCUCUUCACUGCCAAACAACUGCAGAACUGCCAGCUUAGAGAGCUACGAGCUAAAACACUGAACUCUGUGCCCAAACCGAGCCAGAAAGAUGUCAGCCGAGACACUGGACUCAAAGAGCAAACACCAGUGAGAGUUGCACUCUGGGGAAAAGCAAAGUCGUUUAACCUGGACCUUCUGAGCAGCAGAAAGCAGUCCUAUCAGGGCGAUGUGCGUGACAUGAGCCUGUCAGCCAGCAAAUUAAAGAGAGCCUCGCUACAGGAUGAGAGAUGUCUGAUAGACAAGAUGGAAUGUCAAGGGAACACCCGCGGCCUGACAAACGAUGCUGACAAAACUGUCCAAGUGCCAAAACCUCUUUUAAACGGCAAGAGUCAGGCGAAGGAGAAUGGCAAACCACAGAGAGAAGAGGUUAGUGACAUAGCUGCAUCAAGCAGAAGAGAGCAGCAGAAGAGGGGAAGCCUUGGUCCGACCGGCAGACACAGCAAACUGCUGUUUGCCAGAGGAGAGAUGGGGUCCGGGAAGGUCCCGAGCCGUACGCCGGGGAUCAUGGGUCUGGGGACCAGACUGCUGCGUCGAUUCACCGCGCCAGAAUUCAUGAGGCUGGUCAUAGACUGUUCAUCCAGCUCCCCAAGCAGCCGAGCACGGAUUUCACGCUCCGAAACCUUCCCUCUCUCUCACACACACCAGCAGGUCAACAGCCAACCGAGCGUCGACAGCAUCAGUGGAGUGAAGUGCGAGUUUGAAAGCUGCUCAUCUCAGUCCGCUCUUGAUUAGAAUAAGGACGAUGCCUGGGACAUUUUUACAGCACUUAAAAUUCUGACAAUGCAGUUUGAUUGCUUGCUGAUAAAUGCUAUUUAUUGAGAGAAAUAAUAAUAUUUUGCUUACGUUGCUGUUCAUUUGUUUUUUCAAUGUUUAUCAAAAAAAACAGACAUGUUUUAAAGCUAAGUGUUCAGUUGCAUACAGCUGCAUACAAUUUGGCUAAUCUAUAUUUGAAAUAAUUUAUAAAUUAACUUAAUAUCAGUCUAUCAGCUACUGAAAAUAAUUAUUUUUAUUUCAUAUAUUUAAGAUUUAUAUUGUAUGGAAUUAAAUGUAUUUGAUAAUGCUUCUGUGUUUAUAAAAAUAUUGUAUGUAUUUUGCUUAAAGAUAUUCUCUGACUGUGCACUGUAUGAUUCAUGCUGAAUACCUAAUAAAUACUUUAAAACAUCAGUGUUCAUGCAA